UUGGUUGCACUCGUCAGUAGAGUAUCAAAGAGAUCAGUGAGUGGUUGCAUAACACCAACAUGUUGAAAAUCGUGUUCGCACUGUUCGUCGCCCUGGCGAUAUUUUCUACCUCCACGUUCGCCUCCAGGCUUGUUUGCAACUAUCCGAACGAGGAAUACCAAUGCGGGUCAGCGUGUCAAACUACUUGUGCCACUUUGGGCCAAAUGUGCCCCAUCGUUAAUAUCAGAUGUAACGACGCCUGUUAUUGCAAAGAAGGUUACGCUAGGAACGGCAUAGGCAUGUGCAUACCUAUAAAGUCGUGUCCCAAACGCAGUUCCACUGCCCCUCGGAUGAUUCCAUUCUUCCAACGCAAUAAUUGAAUCAGACUGAACAGCGAGAUGAAGAUAACGCUGAUAUUCUAUAUUUACGUAUUAAUAUUAAGUCUGUUUCGCAAUGACACCGAAGAUAUGUGUAACGAAAUGUAAUGAUCAGUACAAAAUAAAUAUAUUUCUUUCAAUAAACGAUAUGUUUACGUA